UGCAGCGUUGGGUUCUGGGCUGGACAGGAAACGACGGAGACGCGCAGCGUGUCUCCUCGGCAGCUCCGGGAAAGAAGAGUGGGAAAGGGGAAUGGGAUUGGGAUUGUAUGAAGCCUAGACGAGGCGACGUGUGGAAACAUGAGGAUAACGGGCGGGUUUUCACUAGAUUAAUCUUUUAAACAGAUCAUUACACAUCUAUCAGGAGUUUUUCACCUUUUCUCCCCUAGGGCAGGGAUAUUUGCUCUCCCCUUGGAGAACCCAGGAGAGGCGAGGACCCUCUUUGUGAAUCCCAUUUCACUAGGAUAAACGCCCUGUCACAGAGUGGAGUGGUGUUGUCGUCUGAACUUUAACCUCAGUAGGAAGGAGACAGAGCCACUUCAGAGAUGGAGCAGGUGUCAGAUGAUGAGUUGGACCACGGAGCAGAGGAGGACAGCGACAAGGAGGACCAGGACCUGGACAAGAUGUUCGGUGCUUGGCUUGGAGAGCUGGACAAGCUUACACAGAGUCUGGAUGAUGGCAAGCCUCAGAAACCACUGCAGAAGCCUCCUCUCAGGCAGGAGACAAACAUGGCCAACUUCUCCUACCGCUUCUCAAUGUAUAACAUCAACGAGGCGUUGAACCAGGGCGACACAGUUGACCUGGAUGCUCUGAUGGCUGACCUGUGCUCCAUUGAACAGGAGCUCAAUACCAUUUCCAAACCAAAUUCCGCAUCACGUGGCCAGAAAAAAGGCCAGCAGCGAGCCCCGGGGGGGCGCAGUGCCAGCACCAAGCACACAGGCACCAGUGGAGGAGGGAGCAGCGGAGGAAGCAGCAGUAGCAGUACCCGGGCAUCGCCGGCCAACACAGUACGAGGCGGCAGCGUCAACAGCCGCCCCACGGCCUCCAACAUCUCCCUGGAUGACAUCACCUCUCAGCUGGAGAAGGCCUCUCUCAGCAUGGAUGAAGCGGCACGUCAGACCUCUUCCUCUUCUUCCUCCUCCUCGUCUUCUUUCUCCUCCACCACGCUGCGGCGACCCUUGUCGGGGUCGUCAGGCGGCGGGCAGCACAGGAGGACGGGCUCAGUGGGCACGGUCAGCGAGCGGGAGGCUCCCUCCCAGCGGUCCAGUGUAAACUCAGCGUGUGCCUCAGCAUCCAGCAUGGACUCCCUGGACAUUGAUAAAGUGAUGACGGGUGGCGAGGUGGAGGGCCAGAGCAGCCUGAGCAACCAAGGACAAAACCAGACCAGCACAGAGCAUGUCACACUUCGGCGGGCCAGACGGCAGCUUGACUUUACCUCACGAGAGGGUGAAGUGGAUCAGGCCACUCACUCCUAUCUGGACCGAGAAACCUCGCUCAUUCUGAAAAGCAUAGCAGGAAAGCCUUCUCACCUCCUGACCAAGGAGGAGCAAGCUGCCAAAUUGAAGGCAGAGAAGAUCCGAGUCGCCCUGGAAAAAAUCAAGGAGGCGCAGGUCAAAAAGCUGGUGAUCAGGGCCACAGUCAAGGGAAGCUCCAACCAGAGGGUGGAUGAGCGGCAGACGGUGAGGCAGGUGCUGGACAGCCUGCUGGAUAAGUCCCACUGCGGUUACAGCCCGGACUGGUCUCUAGUGGAAACCAUCAAUGAGCUACAGAUGGAGCGUAUUUUUGAGGACCAUGAGAACUUGGUGGAGAAUCUUUUAAACUGGACCCGGGACAGCCACAACAAGCUUAUGUUCAUCGAACGCAUCGAGAAAUAUGCGCUUUUCAAGAACCCUCAGAACUAUUUGCUGGGGCGGAAGGAGACAUCCGAAAUGGCUGACAGGAAUAAAGAGGCUUUAUUAGAGGAGUGUUUCUGUGGCGGCUCAGUGUCUGUGCCAGAGAUCGAGGGCAUCCUGUGGCUGAAGGAGGACGGGAAGAAGUCGUGGAAGAAACGCUACUUUCUCCUCAGAGCUUCAGGGAUCUACUACGUCCCCAAAGGCAAAGCCAAGGCAUCCAGAGAUCUCGUGUGCUUUCUGCAGUUGGACCAUGUUAACGUGUACUACGGCCAGGACUACCGCAGCAAAUACAAGGCUCCCACUGACUACUGUCUGGCCCUGAAGCAUCCUCAAAUCCAGAAGAAGUCACAGUACAUCAAGUAUCUGUGCUGUGAUGAUGUCAGGACCCUGCACCAAUGGGUGAAUGGAAUUCGCAUCGCCAAGUAUGGCAAGCAACUAUACGUGAACUACCAGGAAGCCAUGAAGAGGACAGAGGCGGCCUACGAGUGGUCCUCUCUCUCUACCUCCAGCAUCCGAUCAGGCUCCAGCUCUGCCAGCAUACCUGAGUCCCAGUCUAACCACUCAGGUCAAUCAGACAGUGGAGUGGACACGGGCUCGUCUCAUGGCCGGUCCCAGAGUGUGGUGAGCUCCAUCUUUUCUGAGGCCUGGAAGAGAGGUACCCAGAUAGAGGAAAGCUCCAAGCAUAUGAGAAUGGAGGCAUCCAGAGGGGCCACCCUGCCGCAUGCUUCCCACAGUCACCGGCAUCAUAGCCAGCAUUCAGUUGAUCAUCCAGCCCUGACGCCCCCUCCCCAACCCCAGGUGCAGCCGCAGCCUCAGCCCCACCAACAGCACACACAUGAGCAUCAGCCCCACCUACAGCACCCACCACAGCUUCACCACCCUUCAAUGCCCCCCCAGACACCGAUCCAGCCACAACACCAGCACCUGCCUCCCCAGCAUCCUUCUCCUCAACAGGCCCCACAGCCACCCCCCCAGUAUCCUCAGCGCCCUCAGCAGUCACCACAGUCUCCGCACCAGCAGCCGCAGACCAUCAGCAGCUACAACCACAUGCCCCCACAGCAGCAACAGCUGGCCCCACCGCCCCCACCUCCCCCUCCACCGCCUCCCCCUCCUCCUCCACCCCCCCCAGUCCAAAUGGUGUCCCACCACUCGCCGGCUCCCACCAUGUACAAGUACAGCACCAUCACCCGGCUGCAGAACCAGAAGGCCUCCCAGUCUGCCAAUCACCACAGGUUGCCCAAUCACCUUCUUGCAUUUGGUCAACAAGUUCUGCCCACAGCUUCGACGCUGCCCCCAGCACCAGCACCCGUCAAACCCAAUGUAAAUCACAUUGCUGCAAGGACUAAUGUCCCGCCUCCACCUCCACCUCCCCCUCCACCUUCCAUGCCAACUCCUGGGUCUGCCAUGGCUGUGUUAAAGCUGGGUCCUCCCAGUCCAGCUACCCCACCUGCCUUUAUUCCUCCGCCCCCAGCAGCUCCACCUGCUCCACAGACCAACGGAGUUACAUUUCCUCCCCCUCCUUCUCCCCCACCACCCCUCCUGCACUGGCUCCAUGAGCCAGACAGUUAACCCCAACGGGCUGAAGCAGGCCCUUAAGGAAAGGUUUCC